AUGAUUAUUGUCAAUGUGAAUGAUCGUCUGGGAACCAAGGCUGCUAUUCCUUGCUUGGGUAGCGAUCCAGUCAAAGCAUUCAAGGCUAUGGUUGCUGCACGUAUUGGUCGUCAGCCUCAUGAGAUUAUGUUGAAGAGACAAGGCGAACGCCCAUUCAAGGACCAUCUUACUCUGGAUGAUUACGGCGUUAGUAAUGGUGUACAGCUCGACCUGGAACUCGACACUGGCGAUUGA